UAACCUUUUAUCGCCAUUUUGAUAAGAACAACAUGUUUACACUGCAGCGACUUUUAUACUUCGCUACUGUAUAAUUAAAAUAAACAACAAAUAACAACAACAAAUCGCAGUAAAGAAGAAGAAUUUACAUAAUUGCAACGUCAACUUUAGUCAAAUGCAAAACUACUUCAACCGUAAACUAAUAACAAAAACAACAAAUACAAGAAAUACAAAGCAAUAAAACCAAAAAAAAGUGAAGUUCUAAGUUGGCAGCUUUUAUCACACACGAACUGCGUUAACCAAAUUUUUGUUGGUUUGAUGCCGAUGUGCUUGAUAUGCUUGAUGUGCGCUUGUUGUUGUUUUUUUGUUCAAAUUACGAUAAAUAAAUCAAUGGCAUGAAUUUUUCCACAUCAAUUGGCGUGAAAAUAAACAACAAAUAACAAAAACAAAAAAAAGGAAUCAAAUAAAAAUACAGUGGAGCAAAUAAAUUCGAAUGAAAUUAUGAAUACAGUAUUGUAAAAACAUAAAAAAAAACAAAUAACAAAAAACAAAAAAAAAACAAUAAAGUCGGGGAGUGCAUAUCCCUUUUAAAAUUCGUUUCAAAACACAAACACAGUCAACACACUCGAAACUUAUUUAUAUUGACUUUAUGUGUAUGAAUGUGUGAUACUGUCUAUCUACGAGUAAAACAACAACAACAACAAUACACAAGAUAAUACAAAACACGUAUAAACAACAACUACAAAUGCAACUACAGCUAAGUGCACAAGGUUGAGUGGGAGAAUAGCACGUACCAUACAAAUCAAAAUAGAAACACAACCAAACCAAACCAAACCAAACGAAACGAAAGAAAACAAAACGAAAAACAAGCGAGAGUACCAGCAGGAGCAGAAGUAACAAAAGUAGCAACAGCAGCACUGAAGCCUGAAAUAACGAAAAUAACAACAACAAAACAAAUUUAAAAAAAAUCAAAAUCAUACAUAAAAAAUGUAAUGGAAAACAUUAGAGCUCAUAAAAAAUGGAUUUACUCAGCCUUUUUAAGGCUGUACUGAUCCUGUAUAUAAUAAGAGCAGUGGAACAUAGCAACAUUGUUAAUGGAUUGGAUCUACAGGGACCGAUAUUUCUUCACGAACCUCCACACAGAGUGGAAUUUUCAAAUAAUUCUGGAGGACUUAUAGAAUGCUCCGGUCAUGGCAGUCCUCCACCAGAGGUGGAAUGGACGCCUAUACCACCGCAGCAGGAUAUGGUGUUUACGCUAUCCAAUGGAAGUUUGAUGUUUUAUCCAUUUUCGGCGGAAAAGUAUCGUCAUGAAGUGCACGCCACAGUUUACAGAUGUAAAUUACGAAAUUUGGUCGGGACCGUGCUCAGCCGUGAGGUGCACGUACGUGGCGUUGUCAAUCAGAAGUACACGGUACAAGUACAUGACGAAUACGUAAUGACAGGCAACACAGCUGUACUAAAAUGUCAAGUGCCCAGCUACAUGUCAGAGUUUGUAAUGGUUACAGCCUGGGUGCAAGAUACUGGCAUGCAUCUGUAUCCGAACACAGACAUCGGAGGCAAAUACACGGUCCUGGCGAAUGGAGAAUUGUACAUAAAUAAUGCAGGCAACAAUGAUGCAUUCAAGAGCUAUACAUGCCGCACAGUGAAUAGACUGACAGGUGAAAUACAAAUUUCCACAUAUCCCGGACGUAUUAUUGUAACAGAGCCCAAAGGUAUGGUACAGCCACGUAUCAACGUUGAGAAGCAUUCGAUGCGACAUGUCGUGCUUAAUGGGCAGACAACAUUACCGUGUAUUGCUCAAGGACAUCCGGUGCCAACAUAUCGUUGGUUUAAGGAGGAGAAUGAGCAAUUGUUGCCACUGCAACUGAGCGAACGCAUAACAAUCGUAUCCGCUGGAUUGCUUAAAAUAACCAAGGCACGUCUCGAGGACAGCGGAAAAUAUCUUUGCUGGGUUAACAACACCGCCGGCGAAGAAACAAUUCAAGUCUCAUUAACUGUUACAGCACCAUUAACAGCUCAUCUCCAGCCACAAGUGCAAACAGUCGACGUGGAUAAGGAUGCACAAUUUCAGUGUAUUGUGUCCGGACAUCCUGUGCAUGAUGUUAAUUGGUUGCAUGACGGAAAACCAAUUCUCAGAGAUAAUCGAGUUGAGAUACUCACCGACCCACCAAGACUGAUAAUAAAGAAAGUGCAAAAGGAUGAUCCUGGCAUGUACCAAUGUUUCGUAUCCAAUGAAUGGGAACAAAUACAAUCAACUGCUGAAUUGCAAUUAGGAGAUGCCUCGCCGGAACUACUCUAUUGGUUUUCGGAGCAAACAUUACAGCCAGGACCAACUGUUUCACUUAAAUGUGUAGCCACUGGUAAUCCACUGCCACAGUUUACAUGGUCUUUGGACGGAUUUCCAAUUCCCGAUAAUUCUCGCUUCUUAGUAGGUCAAUAUGUAACUAUACAUGACGAUGUUAUCAGUCACGUCAACGUGUCAAAUGUCAAGGAAGAAGAUGGUGGCGAAUAUACCUGCACCGCACAAAAUGCAAUUGGAAAAGUAUCGCAUAGUGCCAAAGUUAACAUUUAUGGAUUGCCGUAUAUACGUGAAAUGCCAAAAAUAACAGGGAUAUCUGGUUCAGAUUUGAUAGUCAAAUGUCCUGUGGCAGGUUAUCCAAUCGAUAAAAUACAUUGGGAAAGAGAUGGACAAACAUUACCUGUCAAUCGACGACAAAGAGCUUACAACAAUGGCACUCUAAUCAUAGAGCAGCUUCAAAGAUUAGAGGAUGCUGGCACCUAUACGUGUAUGGCACAAAACAAGCAAAAGCAGACUUCGCGCAGAAACGUGGAGAUACAAGUAUUAGUGCCACCAAAAAUUAUGCCGAUACAGGCCAUGACAAACAUGUUGCGGGAGGGUAUGCGAGCGGCAAUUUCAUGUCAAAUAUUGGAAGGAGAUUUGCCAGUCAGCUUUCGUUGGGAGCGCAAUGGUAAACCGCUAAUAGGGACGGGUAAUGAAGUGUUUCGCCGUUUGGAUGAAUAUUCGGCCAGUUUGGUCAUUGAACAUAUCACCUCCGAACAUUCAGGGAAUUAUACUUGCAUCGCGAGCAAUGUGGCGGGCACCGAACGCUUUACAGUACCGCUUACGGUAAAUGUACCACCGAAAUGGGUACUGGAGCCAAAGGACUCUAGCGCACAAGCAGGACAAGAUGUGCUAUUGCACUGCCAGUCCGCAGGUUAUCCCAAACCGACAAUCACAUGGAAGAAGGCUAUUGGCCCCACCCCAGGCGAAUACAAAGACUUUUUAUAUGAACCUACAGUACAACUUUUUCCUAAUGGUACGAUCUACUUUAAAAAGAUCAGCAAGGAGUCACAAGGACACUUCCUUUGUGAAGCAAAGAAUAAUAUUGGUUCUGGAGUUAGUAAAGUAAUCUUCCUUAAAGUUAAUGUUCCUGCGCAUUUUCAAACAAAGUCCAAACAAAUAUCCGUGGCAAAGGGAAAGCAGGUGCAUGUACAGUGCAACGUACAAGGAGACAAUCCCAUCGAUAUUAAAUGGAAAAUACAGGCGACACAACAGUAUCUUGAUGAAUCAUUGGACUCAAGAUACACGAUACGUGAUCAGGUCCUCGACGAUGGAAUGGUAUCCGAAUUAGGCAUUUCCCACACAUAUCGCCAGGACACAGGCAUUUAUAUUUGUCAGGCCAGCAAUGCAUUUGGACAGGACGAAAUGUCGAUACAAUUAAUUGUGCAAGAAGUACCCGAACAGCCAAAGAACCUACGCAUCAACUCACAGCAAUCCCGGAGUUUGCAGUUAACGUGGAGUCAACCAUUCGCUGGCAACAGUCCAAUUGAGGAGUAUCACAUUUUUUAUAAACAAAUCUCAGACAUUUGGCAAAACGCCGAGCACAUCACCAUCACCGGUGCACAAACAGUGGUCAACAUACAAAAUCUACGACCAGCCAAAGCCUAUCACAUUCGCAUGUCAGCUGAGAAUAAAUUAGGCGCCUCCGAGUACUCUGAGGUGGUGCAAGUGACCACACUGGAGGAGGUGCCAUCCGGCCCGCCGCUGAAUGUGCGCGCCGAGGCAAAGAGUUCCACUGAGAUAUCAGUCACAUGGGAUGCACCCGAACGUGACCAUUGGAACGGAAUAUUGCUUGGUUACUAUGUGGGCUAUCAGAUGUCGUUAUCGCCCGAGGACAAGGAAGUAAAUCCCACUCAGGGCUUCAGCUUUAAAACGGUGGAAGUAAGGUCACAUUUUGGCGGUGAAACAGUGCUGACAAAUCUAAACAAAUUCACGCAGUACCAUGUAAUCGUGCAGGCAUACACCAGUCAGGGCAGCGGACCACCAAGUAAAGAGAUUGCAGUGCAAACAUUGGAGGAUGUGCCAUCCUCACCACCAGAAAGUCCGCAAUGCGACGUUCUAGGUUCAACAUCCAUUUACAUCACCUGGUCACCACCGGAUGUGGACGGACAAAAUGGCAAAAUCAAAGGAUACAAAGUAUUUUACAUAUCAGUGGAUGAAUUGUAUGAAACUGAUCCUGAGGUUGUGAAAUCUACAAAUCAAUACGUUACCAUUGAAAACCUAAGAAAAUACACCAACUAUACGGUUUGGGUGUUAGCCUACACUAAAGUUGGUGAUGGCAUAAAAACUAAGCCACUCUACUGCCGCACACACGAAGAUGUUCCCUCCGCACCACAAGCAAUAAAAGCCAUACCAGCUUCUAAUACAAAAAUUAUAAUCUCUUGGCUUCCUCCAGAGCUUCCAAAUGGCGACAUUACUGGUUACACAUUCUACAUGUCCAUGUUAGAGGGCGGGCGUGAAGAAGGCACACAUAAACGUGUGCUUGGUCCAUUUGUGGAAAUGCAUGAGACACAACGCACACAAGAAUCUGCCACAUAUCAAUUUUGGUUAACUGCCUCAACAAAGAUAGGUGAGGGUGAGAAGACACAAGUGGUAACAGUGCCACCAAACAACAAAGUACCAGCACGGAUUGUGUCUUUCAGUCAGCGCAUUAUAACCCCGUGGAAAGAACAUUUAGAACUGCCAUGCCGAAAAGUCGGUUCACCAGCUCCAGUCACUAUUUGGCGACAAGAUGGUCACAAUAUGGAAACGAACUCACGGAAGUCCAUUUCAAAGAACGGCACACUGAAUAUACGUGAGUGUCAGGCUUUGGAUGCCGGUAACUACACAUGCAGUGUAGAAAACACUUGGGGAAAGGAUGAAAUUGUUUAUAGUAUCGUGGUGAAAGUACCACCAGAGGCACCUAACUUAACUGUUGUCAACACGUAUACAGAUAGCUUACACUUAGAGUGGUUAGAUAAUAGUCACGGAGGUAGUCCUAUACUAGGUUAUGUUAUUAACUAUAAACGUGACAAUGGUGACUGGGAGGAGCUGCAGGUGGAUGCGAAAACAAAUUCACAUUUGCUUAGUAAUCUGUGGUGUGGUACGCGAUAUCAACUCUACAUAACUGCCUAUAAUAAAAUAGGCACGGGUCUGCCCUGUGAUAUAGUUAACUCGUAUACAAAAGGCAAUCCGCCAGUGCAGCCAAAGCAUUCGCAAAUGAUAACUCAUAACUCAACAAGUGUCACUUGUUGGCUAGAUUCGUGGGGCGAUGGUGGUUGUGGAAUUUUGUAUUUUAUGAUUGAAUCACGUGUCUAUGGCAGAUCGCAAUGGAAUGUUGUUUCGAAUCAUAUACCUCCUACAGAACGCAUAUUCACGGUUAGUGACUUAGUUCCUGGUACAAAAUAUCAACUAAAAGUAACAGCGCACAAUAAUGCUGGUUCCACUACAGCUGUUUACAAUUUUACUACUCUCUCACCACAAGGAGUUAUAUACUCAACAGAUCACGCAAAUCCCGUGUCGCAUAUGAGCGACAGUCCUUUUUAUGCAAACUUCAAGGUGCUAUUACCAGUUUGCUUAUCUAUGUUUAUGCUAUUAGGCCUCAUAGCAGCUGUUUUAUUUAUACGAAAAAGAAAAAUAAAUCAUCAAGCACGCCUCGCUUCAUCUUCAAUGUCUGAAUCUCCCUCAUUGGCCAACUUGCAGAACAAACAAAAUCGUGACCAACAAUAUUUAGCGGUACGCUGCAAUCCUAGCGCUGGUCCACCACGCGGUUCCAACUCCAACGAUUCAGGCAGUUUCGGUAAAGCUGAGGGCAAUGAAUACAUCGAAGAUAUCUGUCCAUAUGCAACUUUUCAACUAAACAAGCAAACCUACAGCGAGAGCUCAUAUAGCGGCAAUGUCUACAGUGGACCUUAUCACUCCGUGCGUGGUUCUUUUGUUUACCACGAUGUAAAACCAGACAGUUAUCAUACAAAAGAACCAGAAUACACAAAGGUGAGACGAAAAGUUGGCCGGUUACGUGAUCCUCACUCCGAGAGUCAAGAAUCGGAUAAUCCAGGUUCAACAGAUUCCGAAGUUAGGAAAAUCCUAACGCUUCACAUACCAAUUACAGAAUAUGACACACUCGGUUCCGAAUCCGACAAUGAUGUGUCUGCGCGCGCUCUCAACUCAGCCAAGUAUCGAGCGCAACGUGAUACACAGGAUGAAACUUCUUCCUCAUCGGAGACCACACCUACUAGUAUGUCGCGGAAAUCGAAACCUCCAUUUGCAGCACGGAAAGCAGGAAAAUCAGGCACCGGCGGUAAGCGACAUGUGCGAAGUUCAAGUGGAUAUUCCAGCCACAACGAAGAAACCACAUUUAGCAUAUCCAACUAUCCACCAAACUACCAAGAUCACAUAAAUCCACCAGCGCGUUUUUCAGAUUCAAAUGAGAAAUCGAAAACCCAAACUUCACCACGAAUACGUGCCAAUCAGAAACUGCAGAGGGAAGCUUUUCAAAUAAAUGUUUAGAAAAUAAAAUAAAAUACUAAUAAGACAUAAAUAAAGAUU